AUGCCUCUACUCUCUCUGGAAUCUACGACUGUGGCACAUCCUGGGGCACUGAUACGGCGAACAAAGCACCUCCUCUCACCAUCUGCACUCUACUACUCAAACAGCAGCAGACCAAAGCACAAACCAAGGAGAAAAGAAGGAGAGAGUGGAAGCAAAGGAUGGAAGAGAAGAAGAGAGAGAUGGGAAUCUGAGGAAAAAUCACAGUGUUGUAGAAUAGCUGGUGAAACGGAAAAGAGCAAAGGCUCAAGGAGAGAUCAGCAGAAGGGAUCAGAAUCAUUUGCAAAGGACUCUUCACACACAGCCCUGGCCAACCUCACGCCCAUCGAAUUUGUUUGUAAAAUCAAGUUUGCUGAGGGCAACGAAGCCAACGGGGCCUCGACAGAAGGAGGCGGAACGGUUAUGCUAGAUGAAGGCCUUCGGCGGCAAAAAGGAGGCAUGGCUGACCUGGCAUCCUUUGCAAGCUCCUCUUCGCUACACGGUCUGGCUCGGGUAUUGGGGACCUCAGGGCGCAUGGGCUUCAGACAGACCCUUUGGGGACUGGCACUGUUGGUCUCGCUUGGUCUCUUCCUGUACCAAGCGACAUGGAGCACGGCGACUUAUCUAGAGCGACCCCACCUCGCAGCUAUGAGGGAAGAAACCCGCCGUGAGCUCACCUUCCCAGCCAUUACCCUCUGUAACGUCAACCGAUUUCGCUUCUCAGCCCUCACCGAUGCGGACAUCUACCACUUGGCUAACCUCACCGGCCUGCCGCCCAAGAGCCGUAAAGGACACCGGCCAAGUGAGCUCCAGUACCCACCCCCUGACAUGCUAGACAUUUUCCAGAGGACUGGCCACCAGCUGGAAGACAUGCUGAAGAGUUGCAACUUCAGCGGGCAGAACUGCUCAAGUGAAGACUUCAGCGUGGUGUAUACACGGUUUGGGAAAUGCUACACGUUUAAUGGAAACAAGACGUCACCCAAGCGGGUAAGGCAAGGUGGCACAGGAAACGGACUGGAGCUGAUGCUGGAUAUUCAGCAGGACGAGUAUCUGCCCAUCUGGAGAGAAACCAAUGAGACCACACUGGAGGCAGGUAUUCGGGUUCAGAUUCACAGUCAGAACGAACCCCCGUAUAUCCACCAGCUGGGCUUUGGGGUCUCUCCAGGAUUCCAGACAUUUGUUUCCUGUCAGGAACAGAGGCUAACAUACCUGCCACAGCCGUGGGGAAACUGUCGGGCUUCAUCUAUUUUUUUUUUUGCAAAACCUGCUUCUCUCACAAAUUCUGGAAUUAAAACAUUUUUAUUAAACUUUUCAUUGUGCAGAGACAACUUUCUCAUCUUGGAUAUUUUCUUUGAGGCCCUUAAUUAUGAGACAAUUGAACAGAAGAAAGCGUACGACAUCGCUGGUCUGUUAGGAGAUAUUGGUGGACAGAUGGGGCUCUUCAUUGGGGCCAGUAUUCUUACUAUACUGGAAAUACUUGAUUAUAUCUAUGAGGUGGUCAAAUACAAAAUCAAGCAACUCCUGAAACCAAAAAAGAGUCAGAAACAACAAAACCAAAGGAACUUGAUUCAAGAGCAGAUCCAGAGAACAAAGAACCUGCGAGAACAGAACCUGAGAGCUCAGCUGGCAGAUGGAACUAUAGCUACAGUCAGAUUUGAAGAGGUCAAAGUCAAGGCAGCUAAUGAAGUGGCUCAACCGCACAGUGCACAUCCAACUUCAAUAUUACCAAAUCAUCACAAUGCACAAGCAGUUGUGCAGCAGGACUUUACUUGUUAAGGGAUGCCUCUUCUUCUCUGUAUUUAUUUUUCAUAUCACUGAACUUGAAAUUGGGAUCAUGAAUGGACCCUGCACACUGAAAUACAAAUUUAAAUUUUUUUUCCACUUAUAAAAGCUACAGCCAAAGUCUAAUUCAGGACCUCAUGUGAAACCGGCUCAAACCAGUCACAUCGUCACUGUUCUCAUUGUUCAAGUAAAUACCAGAUGAAGAAACCACACAAUGUGUUUCACAUGUGCUUUUGUUGAUUUUUUUUCCCAUCUGGAUGGACCUAUCAUGGACUUCAAAGAAGAAAGGACCAGAAAGGAUCAGAUUCGAUCAGAAUGUUGCAUUUCACAAUAAUUACCUAUUUGACAGGACAAAUAUGAACUAAAUUAAAGUUAUAAGGAAAAAAGAGAGAGAUGACGCAAACACACAGCUGUUGCUAAGUGCAGAAAGAGUUGGUUUCUGUGUGAUUCUUCAUUUGGUAAUGUACAGUGCUUGCAUCAUUUCACCAUUUCACAUUUCUUAAUAACAUAAUGAGACUUCUCAGUAGGAGAACAGCUCAAAUAUACCACUCGUUUCACUGUGAGUAGGUGUUAUGUUCUUUUUCAGUCUUAUGUAACUUCUCCAUUGUGCUAUAGUCCUUAUAAUGAAACAGUCUGA